AUGAUGACUUGCAACUACAUCUUCUACACCGUCGAGAUCGCCAUUCUUGAGGACUCCAACCGAGAAGACACAGCUGAGAUCGGUAAAGCUCUUGCUGCUGGCAAGCGCAUGCUCGAGAAGGUUAAGACGUGGCCAGCCAUGUUCAAGAUGCACUCAAAAUGCCAUCGAAGCGUUACCAAGACCAUCAGUCUCGCAUCAUCAUGGCUAGAGCGCUCCCCGUUGUUCGAUGCGAAGACGGUGGAGAUCCUCAAGCAGUACCUGGAGGAGCAGCCCGGUUUCUCCGCCAGCGGUCUAAAGUUCAACAAGGACGGUGUCCUCCUGAACCGAGACUCUCUUCUUCUCGUGCAGUCCUUGUACCCCAUUGACAUGGAAUGGGAUAAUUCUUCGUGGUGCCUCAGCGACGGCUGCAUGCUCAGAUAUCGAAAGUUCGUGACCCAGUUGCUCUGGGCACGAGAAAAUCCGGCAAGUAGGAUGCUUGCGCCGGAAUUCAAGGGUCUGUGGGAAGAGCAUUCAGUACAAACAUGCGACAAAGAUAUCUUCCAGCGGCUCGAGGGCUUGAACAUCACCGGUGUGUGUAUCUUACUGUCUCUAGAAAUCCCCAACUGA